AUGAUUCCUCGCAGCACUCCGAGCGACCCUUCACUGGUUGCCUCCGCGAACGAGCAGCAGCCCCAGCAACACGUGUCGGGCUCGCCCGCCAACGCCGCCAUGGACGCGUUGCGUCGCUGGCGACCGGAGGUCAAGGGGGCCACACCCACAGCGGCCGCGAACGACCCGACGGCCGCGGGCCGUCACGAACGCGCAAUGAUGGUCGCCCUGCUGGUCAACAUGUCGGCGGGCACGGCACUGGGCUACGCGUCCGCGUCCAUGGCUCAGAUCGAGCUCGAGCCCUGGUACACUCUGCAGCGCAGUGCGCCCCAGAACCAGUGGGUCGCCGACGUCCUGCUGCUCGGGGCUGUCGCUGGAGCGCUGCUCUCAGGGCUCAUGCUCCACCUGCUGGGCCACAGAAGAACGUUGCUGCUGUCAGCCUUCGGCCUAAUGAACGCCUGGGUAUGCGUCGUCGUGUCCAACAGCCUCACCAUGUUGUUCAUCGGCCGCAUAACGUGCGGCAUCUGGCUCGGCGUCUCCACCAACUCCGUGAGCCUCUACGUCUGCGACGUGGCUCCUCCCACAAAGAGGGCCUUCUUUGGCGGGCUCACCGAGGUGCGAUGCGUGUUGUACGCCAGCACCCUUAAUGCAGGGUGUAAAUUCAGGUUCUCUGCGAACCCUGCGCUUGAUUGGUAA